ACGCCGCACACACGCACACACAACCCAUCCAGUGAGGUGAUGCUUCUUCCCGUCGAUCUUCCAUCAACAAAAAGUUUACAAUCGUCAUUGGCACUCUUGACAGCGGCAAGGGCAUCUAAAAUAGAGAGAGAGAGCUAAAGGGGUCUUUGAUCUUCAAUGAAGGGGCUCGGUUGAUAUUAUAGAAGGAGCUGUUAGCACUAGUAUAAUCGGUUCCCCCUCCUCUUCGCCAUUCGAUUUUUUUAACCCCCCUUUUACCCAACAUUACCCUACCUCGCUUGCACCACACGCACUUGCACGCUCUCCCUCUCUCUCAGACCGGACCUACUCGUCUCAACACGCUCUUGGCCUGUCGUAUACAUGUCGUACGAUCCUGCCUACCUUUACGGAGGUUCAGGAACCCAGCAACACCAGCAGCAGCAACAAAAACAGCAGCAGCAUCAGCAGCAUACACAAUCCGCUCAGAGGGAUCAACGCACACCCUCAGAUUCCAUCCGAGAUUCUCCCAGAUCUCUGCCCUCAACGACCAACACUUCCAGUUCGAGACCAUCUCAGCAAUCCCUACUGUCUCUUCCUCCUGUCUCGCCGUUAUCCCUCCAUCAACGGCACCAUCAACCUCUCGCUUCUCCAUCUGGGUCGAUGCUAGUUCAACCAUUCUCUCAUGCUCUAGGAAUGCCCUCUCAACAAUCUCAAGGAACAGCUUCCUACGUCGAUCAGCAGCCCGUCAUGACUUGGCAAUCUUAUUCCGAGGCUCAAUCCUCGGCCUCCAAUGAAACGCUACGUCCACCACCUCCUCUUCAAUCAACCCGUCAAAAUUCCAACCUUUCCAUUUCACUUCCACCUCAACACCUACAUCCGCCUCUCCUCAUCUCCCCACCCGGGUCCAUGUCAUACAGCUCAGCGACGGUCACUCCUCCCGUCUCGGGCUAUCCACCUGCAUUCUACUCGUCAGGUACUUCACCUUUCCCAAGUCCGAGCUACGCCACUCACCAAUCACAAAUUACACCACCCAUCUCAGAUUACUUUACAUCUCAACCUCCUCCUUCCAUUUCUCCUUCCGCUAUGGCUCACCGUUCAGGUCACAUAGGUCCUUCAUCUCCCAACGGCAAACGAUACGGUGGCGGUGGAGAUUCCUCACGAUCGGCCUCCAUCAACUCUGGCAAAGCCGAACCGAGUAGUGGGAACAAAUCUGGCGCCAAAACGUCAAGACAACAAUUCACGGCGUGUGGCGCUUGUCGGCAUCGGAGAGUCAAGUGUGAUCUCAAGGACAGGCAAGAAGCGGCUGAAAAGCAAGCCGGAUCAGCUGCAAAGAGGAGCGGCAAGAAGAUCCGAGUCAGUUGCUCAAAUUGUCUCGAACGAGGCACAAAUUGCGUAGAUGAAUUCGCUCCCAUCAAAGCUGCAAAGCAAUUACGACGAGGAAAGCGAAUCUCUGAAAUCGAGACGCUUUACGGUCGUUUGGGGCAAGACGGCGUCGAUGCGUCGGAUGAAACCGGAUCUCAAACAAAAGACGACGAUUUUGUGAUACCCGAACUCGGACCGACGUUUUGGCAAUCGCAUUGGCUGAAAGAUUUCCUAAGACAUCGACCGAUAUUCGACCCUCAAGAGAUCACUUCUGGACCUUUGCUCAAUCGAGUCCUGUACGCGUGGGCCAUCUCCUUGGGUUACGAUGAAAAUGGGCGACAAAUUUCCGACGACUUGUUGACUCCCCUCGAAAGCUCCAUCGAUGAUUCGGUCGAGCUCUCGAGACAGAACAGGACAGAAAAUCUGAAAUUGGUGCUCGAAAUCAUACUCAAACAAGUCGAUCGGGGCGGAGUUCUGAGAAGACCUCAAUGGGACAACGCGAGGGCUCUGCUUCUUCUCGUACCGCUAGUCUCAGCGUUCUUGCCCUCUAUCGAAUUACAUUCUCUCCGUACGGCCGCCAUGACGCAAAUUCACAGCCUUUCCCUGGCGAGAUUAAAUUCGCAAGAGCCACCUCAAAAUCUUUCUUCCGAACUUGCCACUUUCUUUUAUGCCUUUGCCGAAGAGAGCUUGACGUCAAGUCUGAACGGACUCCCGAUUUAUCUCGAUUUUUCCCUCAUGGACAAACUGUGCGCCAUCCCCGGAAUUAAACUCGGAAACAGCAUGGAUUAUAUCAAGAGUCGGGGAUUGACAGCUUUGAACAUGACCACGGCGGCCUGCCGUCUAAUGCACCGAAUUGUGACUGUCCCCGACGAGAUCAUGUCAAACGAAGUUUACAACCGAAUCACCAUUUUGCUUGACCAAGCCUGGCAGGAGACUGAGAUCCUGGGCUAUGAUCAAACAUCCUCGCGAGAACUCAACCUAGCCUACAAGCUCGACGUGCUUUUGGUGUACCAGAGCCUUUACGCCGGAAUGAAAGUUCAAUUGGGUCGGAUUAUGGCCAAUACGUCUCCAGAUUAUCAGAGAUUACGAGGACUUCUGGACACCACCCGAUCGAAAUGCACGACUUUGAGCAAAGUCCUGGUUGAUCACCUACGGGGAUCUCCAAAGGUGCUUGAUACAGGUUCAAUUGUGCACGAAGAUGCCGUUUACUACGCUGCGAGAUGGUUGAUGCGCUCUGGAUCUCCAGACGAGGACGUGAACGUCUGCAUGUCAGUCCUAAGCUCAUCUUCAUGGUGCCUCUCAAGAGCCUGGAGCAGAGUCACAGAACUCCGCGACUUGCUCUCUCAACGGAACGUACCCAUGCUUUCUGGCUGGAGCAUCUCCCCGCCGAUUUCAGCCGCUUCCACCGCUUCUCCAUUGUACCCACCAGCAAUGAUCAUGAGCUCCAGCGGUCCUGUGAUCAAAAACGAGCCGGACGUCCAGACUGUAGCCUAUCCCCAAGCGUACGGAUACGAGUUCUACACCCAAUGAGGAGGAGGCACAGGCGAGUGACGUCUAGGCCACUGCAUACUGUCAUCAUCACCUGCCUUUUUGCCUUCGUUUUCUGUGCAUUCAUAUCAUUCGGCCACAACUCACCAUGGACAUUUGGUUACCAUGUAGACAGGGGCUUGGUCUCAUGAUGAGACGUAGCUAUAUGCAUUUAUAUUCUGUGACAUGAGAGGGCGGAGGCGGUAUGGCGGAUCCAGAGAUGACGACGACGCCAUUACCUUUUCUAAUCCCCCUGCUUCUUCAUUAUCAAUCUGUUAAUG